GACACCUGAUCCAGUCACUGGUGUGACAGUGUUUGCCCAACUAUCUAUUUUGUAUUGCUUGUAGGAGAUUGGUCACUGUUUGUUAUCUUCACCUUUCAUGUACAAACUACAAAUUUAUUAACACCCAUUUUAUAUCAUCUGCAUGUAAUUGACACUUUAUGUUUACAGAUAUAUUGGACGAAUACAUAUUAAUGUUCGCUUUGCAUCUUACGAAAUGUGAAUAAAGAUGUUCCGCCAAAUAAUGUCAUAUUUUAUAUUUGGUAUAUGUGUUUAUAGUACAGCAGAGGAUUAUGACGUGACAGAACCGGAAGACCAGUCGAUAGAUAUUCAGAUUCCUCCAGAAAGGACUGUAAAAUCCCCUGAAGGAAGGCGGGAAAUAUCAUCAAACAGAGUUGUGGACUCUGCGUCUUUGGAUGAGUUAUCAGCAUUAGAUCUUUCAGUCGUCGUUGAUUCAGAUUUCGUAGACCCCGUUGAAGACAAAGCAGACGUAAUCCUGAACCCAGAGAGAAAACAAUCUAGCGAUACCAUGGAAGAAUGGAACGACUCUGUAGAAAAUGUUGCAGAUGCAGUAUCGCAAUCAGUGCUGGAUCUGAAGCAGGCCGUGGAACUAAGCGAGACAAUGACGCAUACAGCAGAGGAUUAUGACGUGACAGAACCGGAAGACCAGUCGAUAGAUAUUCAGAUUCCUCCAGAAAGGACUGUAAAAUCCCCUGAAGGAAGGCGGGAAAUAUCAUCAAACAGAGUUGUGGACUCUGCGACUUUGGAUGAGUUAUCAGCAUUAGAUCUUUCAGUCGUCGUUGAUUCAGAUUUCGUAGACCCCGUUGAAGACAAAGCAGACGUAAACCUGAACCCAGAGAGAAAACAAUCUAGCGAUACCAUGGAAGAAUGGAACGAUUCUGUAGAAAAUGUUGCAGAUGCAGUAUCACAAUCAGUGCUGGAUCUGAAGCAGGCCGUGGAACUAAGCGAGACAAUGGCACAAGAGGGGACUCCUAAUGAAAAGUUUCAAUUACUUUCGGCUUUUGUGAAUCAACUCUUGACCAUUGAGGACAUUGAGAAGGAGCUUGAAGGCGUUCAAGAUAAAGCGGAAGUACUUCCUGACAUAGAAAGCUUUGUCGAAUCCAAAAUCACCUUCUCAGAGGGACAAGAAAGACUUAGCCGUGUAUACGAAUCAUUGGAAAAGAUCAUUUCGUUAAAGGAAUAUGACACUGCCCUGAAGCAAGAACUGGAACUUGUGUGCCCUAAUCACAGAACGGUUCUAUCGACAAGAGCUAAAGAUCUCAAAAGAACAGACUCGUCUAUAGUUGUUGCAGGUGAGACAAAUGCAGGGAAAACGACUCUUCUCAAUAAAAUCAUGGGGCGGCCUAUACUCACCUCAGACCACUUAUCGAACACAGGGCGAGUGUGUCGUGUUCGAAAUUCACAGAAGAAGGGGAUCCGUCUUUACACAAAAGAUAACCAAAUGAUUCAAGAAAUCUUGAUUGACAAAGCGACGGAACUAAAAAAAACAUUAAGGAAGUACUGUGAGAAGAAUGAAGAAAUGUCCCAGGAAAAUUUUUAUUACGUCGAUCUUCUAUUCCCAGUGGAUGUUCUGAAAGGGGACGUUGUGAUCGUUGACACGCCGGGAAUGAAUGAAGAAGAGAAGGUUAAAUCCAUGCUGGAGGAAUACCUACCAAACGCCCUGUCCUUUAUAUUUGUACUGAAUGUGGCGAAUGAUGGCGGCGUGCAAUGUGAUCGGAUUCCCAAACUACUGCAACUUAUUCAAGAACACAAAAAGGACAUGUCGUGCUUUGAAGAACAGGAUGUGUUAUUCUUGAUCAACAAAUGGGACACAGUUGCCAUCUCUGAUCUUUUAGUGGACUCAGAUGACGAAGAGGACGAGCAAGAAUUGCAAAUGAAGAACGAAGUACAUAGAAAUGAGGAACUAGACAGAAUCUGGAGGACUGUUCUGCGGAAAUUAAAGGACGUCUGGCCUCUAAAGGACGACUGAAAUGCAUUUCGAAUGUCACUUAAAGAACAGGGUCCAAGUGAUGAAUACAGUCGAUUUAAAACGAGGCUUACUGAUAUGGUAACAAAGACCGCAAACAAAAGGAUGAAGGAACAUUUAUGUUUCCUAAUUGAAUUUGCUCAUAAUGCAGAAAGAGGAAUUAAAGCUAGGCUGAGGAUAUUUGACCUUUCGGAAGAAGAUUGCCAGGCUAAAAUAUCUCGUAUGGAAAAACAAAUUAUAGGAGUGGAGGGAAAAUGUAAACAGAUUCAGGAAGAUCUGAAGCAAAAAUUGAAAGCAAAACUAAAACUCUUAAGCGCUGAACUUGUGAAGGAUAUGAAUAGUAGUGUGUGGAAAGACAAAGCUCUGAAUCCACCAGACAAAAAACCGAUCAAAGAAAUGCGAUUCAGAGAUCUGGCAACAGAAAUCCCAGCUAGGAUUGCGGAAAUGAUUAAGAAGUGGAUGACUGAUGGGGAAUGUCGAAAACAAAUUGAAGAAACCGAAAAAGAAAUGAUAAGAAACUUUCUAACAAUGCAGAAACAAUU